CCUCCAACAAUUACACAACACAGUACAAUGUAACAACACCCUCCAACAAUUACACAACAGACUACAAUGUAAUGACAGCAGACAACAACAAUCGUACCAGUACAACAAGUAAUGCAACAAUAAGCACAUCUACAUCUUCUCCAAAUUACACAAUGGCGAACAUGGUAACUACAGCCACAAAGAACUACACCACACACUUUAACAAUUACACAACACAGUACAACAUCAGGAACCUACAAAAUGGUACAACUACAACAAGUAACACAACAGUUAGCACAUUUAAACCUUCUUCCAAUCACACAGAAGUCUACAAUAAAACUACAACCAGCAUCUAUGUAAGACAACACAACAGUACAGCUACAACGACCGAUGCUACAAUAAGCACAUUUACUUCUUCUCCCAAUUACACAGUGGUGAACAAUGUAACUACAGCCAUAAAGAAUUACACAACAGCCUUUAACAAUUACACAACAGUGGACAACAAUGGGAAAGAACAAAACACUACAAAUACAAGUAACACAACAAUUAGCACAUAUACAACUUCUGUGUACAAUGCAACUACAGCUGCCAGCAACUACACAACACAGUAUAAUGUAACAGCCUCUAACAGUAACACAACAGAAUACAAUGUAACAACAGCAGACAACAUCAGGAACCUACGAAAUGGUACAACUACAACAAGUAACACAACAUUCAGCACGUUUACACCUUCAUCUAAUCACACAGCAGACUACAAUCUGACAACAACCAGCAGCCAUGUAAAACAACACAACAGUACAGUUACAACAACCAGCACAACAAUGAGUUCAUUUACUACUUCUCUUAAUUACACAAUGGCGGGCAAAAUAACUACAGCCACCAAGAACUACACAACAGCCCUUAACAAUUACACAACAGUGUACAACACGACAGCAGACAACAACAAUGGUACCAUUACAACAAGUAAUACAUAUACAAGUACAUUUACACCGUCUCCGUCUCUCAGCUACACAACAGUGAACAAUGUAACAACAGUGUCUCACAAGUACACAACGGCUGAAAAUGUAACCACUAAGACUGCAUCUCAAAAUAAAAGAACCACAUACAAUGUAACUACAGCUACUCCCCAUAGAAACAUGACAACGUCUACUGCUGAAACUCUUGCAGCAACAUCAAAAAACUCAACUGUGAACAACAUGACGGCUGUUGUUGAUAACACAACUAAAUUCACAGUAGCUCCACUGAACAACCAGACUGCAAAUCACACCACAGCGGGAGUGACUUACACUACAACAACCGGCAAAAAUGACACCAGCUCCACCACAGCUGCCAAUGGCAGCAUUGAUCACAACGAAACUGCGGGAACGGGCCUAAACCUGAGCACAACUGCAAGCAGUUUAACCACUGACCUCAACCUAACAACCAAACCACCAGUGUUCAGUUUAACCACCAUGGUGGCUUCGACCACACGUGGUCCACCUUCGACCACAACCACUACUACUACUGGUACUACUACUACUACUACUGGUACUACUACUACUACUACUACCACCAUCGCCUCUACCAGCACAACCAUUACAAAACCUGAUACUGCAGCGACCUUCACAACCACCGCAAAGACAACUCAAAGCCAAGAGGCACGGGAGGAAGAAGCAAACGAGCUGCUGGUCCAAACACAGAAUGUGUCUCAGCUCAGCUCCUCUCAGGUGGCACAGUUGACGGGGCAGUUAGAGAAGCUUCUGGAUGGCCCCACAGUCUCUCAGGCAGUGGGACAAAAGGCCGUCAACAUAAUCAGCAACCUGAUGGAAGGCGACGCACUGGCCCUCGCUGCAUCUGCUAACAGGCUGAUUCGUGUUGUAGAUGAUCUGGGUCUUAAGCUGGUCGUCACCGGUGACAAAGAGAUCGUCUCUUCUAGUUCGUUGGUUCUGGCAGUGAAAACAGUUGAUGGGAUCAACUUUCCAACGACAUCUGUUGACAUUUUAAACACAGAUAAUGUCCAGUUCAGUGACAUCAGCAGAUCCCCUGCUCUGGGGUCUGUAUACCUGCCUUCGUCCCUCACCUCGGGCCUCCGUCCUGAGGAGCAGCAGCAGGCCAGCAGGGUCCAGUUCACCUACUUCACCAAAUCCACCCUCUUCCAGGAUGCAACAUUGGAUAACCAAACUUCUGUCAGUCCCAUCCUGGGCUCCAGUGUGGCCAAUCUGUCAAUAAGCAACCUGUCUGAGAACAUUAGCUUUACCAUUCGAAACAUCAACUUUCCGCAGAAAAACUACACAGCCUCCUGCGUAUUUUGGAACUUCAGUCUGCAUGAUGGUCUCGGAGGCUGGAGCUCCAACGGCUGCUCUGUUGUCAACACCACAUCAGAAGAGACGACCUGCAGCUGCAACCAUCUCACGUCAUUUGCAAUAUUACUGGACUUGUCCAGAGAUGGAUUACAAGACCGUCAGCAGGUUCAAAUACUGACUUUCAUCACCUACAUCGGCUGUGGACUCUCUGCUGUUUUUCUCGCAGUGACCUUACUGACAUAUCUUUCAUUUGAAAAACUGCUCCGGGAUAUUCCUGCCAAGAUCUUGGUUCAGCUCUGCAUAUCCCUCCUUCUCCUCAACCUGCUCUUCUUACUGGAUGGCUGGCUGGCGAUCUACCCGGCGACUGGUCUGUGUAUCAGCACCGCCUUCUUCCUGCACUACUUCCUGCUGACAUCAUUCACCUGGGCGGGGCUUGAGGCCCUGCACAUGUACCUGAGCGUCAUCCGGGUGUUCACGCCUUACCUCAGCAGAUACAUGCUCAAGUUCUCACUGAUGGGCUGGGGCAUUCCUCUCAUUGUGGUGAUAGUUGUAAUAUCAGUGGACAAAGACAACUAUGGUCUGGUCACAUAUGGAAAAUAUACUGACGGCACCACGGAUGACUUCUGUUGGCUGCGUAACAACAUCGCCUUCUACGUGGCUGUGGUGGGCUACUUCGUACUGAUAUUUGCUCUGUGCCUGCUCGUCUUCAUCAUGGUCAUGGUCCAGCUGGCCCGGAUCAAGAGGCAGAACCCCCAGAACCAGUCUCCUAACAGGGGAGUGAUGACGGACAUGCGCAGCAUCGCUGGCCUCGUCAUCCUGCUCGGCCUCACCUGGGGGUUCGCCCUGUUCGCCUGGGGGCCGCUCUACUUACCCUUCGUUUACCUUUUCACUAUAUUCAACACUCUGCAAGGUUUCCUUGUCUUUGUCUUCCACUGUGCUGUGAAGGAGAAUGUCCGCAGGCAGUGGAGAACGUAUCUUUGCUGUGGGAGACUACGAUUGGCUGAAAACUCAGAAUGGAGUCGGACAGCCACCCAGAACACUAAGAAUAUCUCCGGUGCCACGGCAACCGCAUCAGCACCCCGCCUCCCCUCGCGAACCUCCUCCGUCAUCAGCGAUGGCACCAACAGUAACAGCUCCUUGUAUCUGGACAGUGGAAUAUCUGACUGCACCGGCAGCGACGUGGUCCUCAACGAGAUCCACAGACAGAAUAUGUCACCGUAAGAGAGGGGUGGUUAGAAAUUAGUGAUGUCCUAAUCACAGGAGUAGACGCACACAGGAAGUCCUCGGCGUUACAUAAGAUGAAGGUAUUAAAGGUGUAAUGAAGGACGGACGAUGGCCGAGGAGGUGCAAGACUGAAGUAACUUUAGCAACCAUGAGAAUGUCUUGAACUGAACUGGAAGUGUGACUUGAUGCCUUUUUCACAUUUACAGUCGAAUAUGAGUAUAGAAAUCACGUAGGAGACUUGUCAGCAGUGUGAAGUGUACAGGAGGUGACUGAAGAAAUGAAUAAUUUCACUGUUAUAGCUGUGACUCAGCUUGUUUAAGAGCUCUUAGAAUUAUUACUGUAACCAUGACACAUGACGAGAAAAGUUAAGACACGUUAAAGAUGCACAACUGCUUUUAAUUAGUCGCCAAGUAAAGACACUGUCGACAUCGUAUAGAUUGUGAACCGAUGCUGUGCUGUCCUAUAUUUGCUUUCUUUUUGUACGUUUCUUUUGUUCACAAACGCAAAUGAAAAUGAAGAUGAAGAUAUUUCCAGUGUGUUUACAAAACUCCACUGAUCAUUUCCUCUAUAUUUUUUAGUAAAGAGUUGGAAAAGAUUCUCUACCUUUUUAUUUAGAGACAAAGUGGACUGAAGGAAGGUCGAUCUUAGUGCAAAUUAAUUUAUUACAAAUUGAUCAUAUCUGUCUCUGUAAGAGACAAAUUCCUCCUUUAAUGUGAGAUAUUGCUUUAUUUUGCUACAGCACAGUGUUGAUGUCAGACUCAGAGUUGUUAGAUUAUUCGUGUACCGUGCGUUAGAUCUUUUUUUUUUUAAAGUAUAAAAUAUGUGAAGUGUGGUCAUGCAGCGUACU